AUGAAAAUUUUCCAAUCCCAACUGCUUAGGCAUUGGGAAAGUAGUUUUUUGUAUACAAGUUAUCGUAGAUAUACACCUGAAGUGAAGGACCAUUUUAGGGAUCCGAGGAACGUUGGUUCCCUCGAUAAAUCAGACCCAUCAGUAGGAACUGCAAUCGUUGGAAAAGCAGCCUGCGGAGAUGUUAUCAAAAUGCAGGUUAAGGUCAAAGAUGGUGUCAUUUGUGAUGCUAAGUUUAAGACCUUUGGCUGUGGGUCAGCAAUUGCCAGCAGCAGUUUUGCCACCGAGUUGAUCAAGGGUAAAACCUGCGAUGAAGCAAUGAAACUCAAAAAUACAGACAUUUCAGAGCAACUUAAACUGCCACCUGUGAAAAUUCACUGCAGUUUGUUAGCGGAAGAUGCCAUUAAGUAUGCAAUUCAAGAUUACUAUAACAAAAAUAAUGGUAAUCGCGAAAAUUACAAUGAAACUAUAGAUUCGCCCUCCAGUAGUUGA